AUGCAAUUCAUUUCGCUUAUUGGAAUGUGGAUUUUACAACUUAUUCAACUAACUACAAUGAAAUCCAUGGCAAAUCUUCAAUGGACUAGUUCUAAACAUCUUGCAUGUGCUAAACCAUUUUUAAAAUUAAUGCUUACAGAGAUACUACCAAUUAAUAUCAAUAAAGAUAUUUUAAACCUAAUAUUAUUCCAAUUCAAAUACAUUUUAUAUGAGAUUCCAUGUGAAUGGAAUAUUCAAUUAAGUGAAGGAAUUGAUGAACAACGAUGUCCUGUAAGUUGGUUAACUUAUGCAGAAUUGUAA